GACGAAUGACUCAUGUAGUUUGUUGUCCUACAGACCAGACUUGUGGUUCCCUUUAAAUCUAGUCCAUUAUAGUCUAGUUUCACUUUAAAAGAAUAAUUUUAACACCUGAAUGGGUCGCUCGCUGAGUCGUUUGUGUCAAUACAUUUUUUUAAUGAUACUAAGUCUAAGAUCUGAUGUAAUUUUGUAAGUCGCUGAUGUUCAUUUCACACUCGCUGACAGUCUCGUUCUCAGAAGCAUGCGGCAUCCGGUAGAUCUACCUACCCACCACUAAGCUAAGUUUAGGUAUCUGACAUUCCAGAAGCAUGAACAGUGUAGGAAACACAUGUUUUCUGGUUAGUUUGUUUAUUGGAAAACUUACAUCACAGUUGGACCAGUAUUGAUCUGAGAGAAAGUGAUAAAACUUGGUUUCAUAUGUUUAUAUACUGUGUUAUGUGGACAUAUAAAGUGUAUGUGAUACUCACCUAUUAUGGAUCUACCUGAGAAUAGAAAGAAAAAAGUGCCAGAAAUGAGGCAGAGUUUGCGCCUAGAGUUUGGCUCUGCAUCACCAAGUCCUGGAGCAACACCUAGCAGCAUCAAACAGCCAUCUCCAUCAAACUCUAUACUUGCUGACUUGGGGCACACAGCACAAAUAGAGAGACUAAGGUCUCGUGGUAUAGAACGUACCACUGGCAAGCUUCAAAUUUCUCCAGAAGAGUCUUUUGAGUUCACGUCUGAAGAUUUAAAAGAUUUAGGAGAGAUGGGAAGAGGAAACUAUGGAUUCGUUAACAAAAUGAUUCAUGAAAAAAGUGGGACGAUAAUGGCAGUUAAGAGAAUCAGAUCAACAGUGGAGGAGAGAGAUCAGAAGCAGCUGUUAAUGGACUUGGAUGUGGUCAUGAGAAGCAAUGAUUGCCCCUACAUUGUACAGUUCUAUGGCGCUCUAUUUAAAGAAGGAGACUGUUGGAUAUGUAUGGAGCUAAUGGAUAUCUCUUUAGACAAGUUUUACAAGUUUGUUUACAGUGAAUUACAUGAAUUCAUUCCUGAAGAUAUAUUGGGCAAAAUAACUGUAGCUACUGUCAAAGCUUUGAAUUAUUUGAAAGAAAAAUUAAAAAUUAUUCACAGAGAUGUAAAACCCUCAAAUAUUCUGCUGGACAGAAAGGGAAAUAUCAAAUUAUGUGACUUUGGCAUCAGCGGACAUCUUGUGGACUCUAUUGCAAAGAGCAGAGAUGCCGGUUGUCGACCAUACAUGGCUCCAGAAAGAAUAGAUCCUAAAGCUUCAAGCAGGGGAUAUGAUGUCAGAUCUGAUGUUUGGAGUUUAGGCAUAACACUGAUGGAGCUAGCCACUGGCAAGUUUCCUUAUCCUAAAUGGCAAAGUGUUUUUGAUCAGUUACAACAAGUUGUACAAGGCUCUGCCCCAAGAUUGCCUAGUGACUCUACAUUUUCAGUGGAAUGCAUCAAUUUUAUCAACACAUGUUUGACAAAAGAGGACAAACAACGACCAAAAUAUAACAAACUAUUGGAAGACCCAUUCAUAAAACGCUAUGAAGAAGUUGAAAUUGAUGUUGCUUCCUAUGUAUGUAGAAUUCAUGAUUUGAUACUCCAGUCAUCACCUAGCCCUUCUUCAUGUGAACAUCCUUUAUCCUAACCAUUUGGACUCUUAGACAUCUACACAUAGAAUUGUUCAGCAAAUCUCAUUGACUCAUCUAUUGUUGCUCCUAAUGGAACUUUAUUGCCUGCUUGCGUUUCCACCAUGUCAAGUAUAGAUGAUUUAUUCAAUCUUUUAUGUAACCUUUUUGCUUAUUAAUAAUUUCAAGUCUUACCAAUUUCAACUCUAUACCUCCUUUGCAAGCAGCAUUGGAAAUUAAUAUCUGAAGUAUUAUGCAUUGAAUUUGUACUGUUUUCAAGAUUUCUGACUAUUCUAAAGUCAUUUAUGUGCUAAUAGUGAAUUGGUAUACACACAAGACAAAUCAGAAGUGAUAUAGUUGAAGAUUUGUAAAUAUCUGGGACUGAAUUGUUAAUAUGCAAAAGUUAUUAAUGUAGAGAUUUUCUGUUUGUGAUGAAAACAUUUUCAUGCUUGAAAUUGCAGUCAGUGGUGUUUAGUAUUGCUCUGGUUGAGAUAGGAUUCAUAUAAAUCUACUUUUUUUCUAAUGUUUGGAAUGUUUGAAGGCUAAUUAUUAAAACAAGAUUGUAAUUUUCUAUUUAAUAGUUAGAUAAUGGUGAAAAAUAAAUAUUUAUUUGGAAGAAAUUUUUUUAUAUGGGGAACUUGUGAGUAAAAAGUACAUACCGUUUGAAAACAAAUUGAAGAGAAAAUAUUUUGGAUGUCAGAAAUGGUUUAAAAUCUUAAAGGUCAAGAAAUACUUAGGAACCAUUGAAAAAAACAAAUAGCUUGAAACCUUAGUAAAAACUAGGAUGUUUUAGGACCUUUCAUGUAGAUAGUCAAAUUUUCAAACCUCUUCUACCCAUAAAUAGCUACAAAUUUUAGUAGUUAGCCACAAGAGAUGUAAAACCAGCCAAAAUAUAGAAGUCUGAAUUCAAUUAAGUGGUCAUUUUAUUCUUCCCAUUUGACUACAAGUAGUUCGAUAUUUGUUUGGGCGCUCUUCAAUAGUUUUUCAUUUAUUCAUCAUGUAUUAUUGUUAAUUUUUUGGGGGUGACUUUCUUUUUUCCGCAGUUGUUGUUUUGUUCUAAUGUUAAUACUUGAUCAUUUUCCCUAUGAAUGACUGCUCUGAUUUAUACAGGUAAUGAUUGUUUGGUGCUUUAUGCACACAAGUUAGAUGCAUUAGUGACCUACAUGUAAGCACAUAACCAAUUAUUGGAAUUAUUGUAUUACUCAAGAGGUACAUUGAAUUUAUACUGAUUUGUGAUGAAUGUAGAUAGUGUGCUUUCUUCCUUCAUGGUAGCACAAGAUUUGUCAUUAUGCUGGGAUGUUUCAAUAGUGCUUUAUUCUUUGGGUGAGCAAGAGGUGUGUGAUUAAGCUGGGAUGUUAUGUCAAGCCUAGAUGUAUAGCAGUGCCGGGGAUGGUUAAAAAUGGUGUAAAGGAUGGCUUUUUCUUUUUCUAGCUGUAAUUUUUCUGAAAGAAUUGUAUAUCAUUGGCUUGACUGGGUGUGUACAACAGAGAGCAGCCUUCAAAAAGACAAGCAAUAAUAAUUCCAGCCUAGCUCCAAGUGGUUCUUACAUUUGUAGAAAAGCAGCGCUGGAUCUAUUGCCAUUGUAGGGAUAUGCAAUCUGCUCAUGGCUUAUUGAAUUUUUCAUCAUUCCAUCAUGUAAAUUUGAUUUCAUUUUUGAAUUUUCAACACAUUGUUUUUUGGUUUUGCUUUUCUUGUUCAAAGUUAUUUCUAUGGACAUAAACUAAAAUACUGAGUACAUGUUAUCAUAAGCUAAAUUUGUACGAGAGAAUGUUAGUAGGAAUAAAGUUUACAGUUCAGUUUAAGCAAUUUAUAUGUAAUGGAAAAAAAACUUUGUUGUUGAAGUUAAUUUAACUUUAUCCAGUGUAUAUAUAUUACUUUGUAAUUCUACUUGUAAUUAAAAAGUUGACAAUGCCAAA